AUUCACUUAAUCCAGGCCAUAAACCUUGCUGCGCGCAUCACCAUUGCUCACAAAUUGCAAGAUCGGCUCUACCGUAACUGAAAAAAGAUUUGCACUCAAGGGUUUUUCUAGUAUAUUCAGGUAACUAUAUCUCGAAUUGUUAUUAUAUAUAUUACGAUAGUAACGGUAUACACUCUAGAAAGGUUCACCUAAAUUAAGUAUUUUUCCUGGUCAAAAUGGUUAUCAUUGAAUUGGUCAAACCAGGGGCCGGUUGUAUAAAAACGUAAUUAGCGCUAACUGUAGUUAGCGUUAAUCACUGUAGUUAAAUCCUUAACUGUAAUUAGUUAACUACAUGACUUAACUGCGUUGCACAAAACGUAGUUAGUCGGAUAGUUAACUAAUCACGUAGUUAACUGUGCGCGUGGGGCUUGCGUGGGGCGUUUAAACACAAAAUUACAUAAAGUAAGCAGCGAGUAACGACUGCUGACACACAUUUUCAACAUGAUUGUGGACACGCAUUUUGCAAAUAGGCGGGAAUUUUAUUCAAAACACUAGAAAACAGUGAAAAAUAAACAAGAAAACAAGGAAAAACCGCCACAAAAAUCAUAAAAGAAUGCAGUUUUUCCUUGAGAUGUCUACGUUAAACCAAGGUCUAGCUGUUUGGCAAUUAAAUAUCAGUGUUUCUUGGUGUAAUGGACCAUACUUCGUCUUCGAGAAAUCGUCCUGUGCAAAAAUAUGUUCUGUUUUCGUAAAAACACCAAAGCGAUAGCGUUUGAAGAGUUUAUAUUGUCAGGAAACAUUCACAGGGAAGAUAGCGAUUGAAAAUCUCGGGUAAGCGUUGCUUUUCAUUAUUGUAUUACUGAAAAAUGUUGUUCACUCCUAUACAAACGCCAUUUUUAACUACGUUUUGGACAGUUAACUAUACCCUAAAGCAUAGUUAACUUUAAUUACUUUUUAACUGCAGUUAAGGCUAACUACACUUUUAUACAACCGGCUUAACUACGUGAUUAAAGUUAACUAUUUUUUAAGGCUUUUUAACUACUUUUUAACUGCAGUUAGCGCUAACUACGUUUUUAUACAACCGGCCCCAGGAAUUUCGGUCUAUUUUCCAUGACUUCAUACCAGGUAUCUAGUUAGAAGUUGCAGCUAGCAUAAUCCGUGUUUACGCUGCGAGCCUUAGCCUGGCCUAGCUGGCUGGCCCGAGCUUUGCCUUGUCUACAUUUUGGUAGUGUAAACAACCAUUGACUUGACCUGGCCAUAAAAUAUAUGCUCACUAGAAUCGUUGGACUAUAGGACAAAGCUAAACAAAGCCUUGUGGCAAUGUAAACAGUGUAGGCAAAGGCCCGCAGUGUAAAGGCACGGCUGUAGUCUCGUUGCUUCAACCAGGAUGCCUUGGAUGCAAUACAAACCCUGGUAAUAGAUUAGUUCAAAGAUGAAUCAAAUUAGUUCCAAUGUAAUUCCAAGUACGUGUUUUCUCUUUGUAUUUUCAGACAGCAACCUGUCAUGAAUUGUUAUCGCACACUAUCACUGCCAGUGCUUUGCUUCGCCUUGGCCAUCAUUACAGGUGUUAAGCAGGCAAGUUGUUGUUGUUGUAGUUUUAUAGGAGUGCUCUGUUAUGCCAUGAAUCAGUGUGCAGUAAAGUCAAGAGUUUCAUAUUUUUUUAAAAAACUUCAAUAAUACGAAUUCUCUCUUCGGCCUAGUUAGCUUGGGGGAUGCAUUCCGCUCUCCCCCCCCCCCCGCCUACUAUUCAGAUAAAAACCAUUUAUAAUAAACCUGAUCUCUACCCUCGCCCUUCCCGUCAAUUCCUGGAGUAGACUUGUCAACGACCAAACAGAUCAUGUAAACAUGAUCUCUUUAUUACAAAGAGCUCGAUCAUAUAUAUGAUACCUUAUUUAUAUGGGUAUUGUGGAAUGCGGAACAGUAAAUAUGUUACUCUUAUUACAAGAAAAUGUUUACCAGAAUUGUCUAAUUAAUUAAAACAGUAAUAUAUAACAGUGUGCUCUGAAUGACAAUGUCUUAAUCUUUAAUUAAACUAGAUUAGAUCACACUGAGAUUAGAUGCAGUUAAAAGACAUCGUCACUGGGCCUAUUUGUGGCCGCCAACUUAAUUUUUGCCUUUUGCACAUAAUAUGCUUGUUAACAACAGAUCAAAUGAUCGAUACAGAUUAUCUAUCUAUCCCCCUCAAGGCUAAUUUGUUUGUAGUUCGCUAUACAUCUAUAUUGAGAUUCAUUGAGUUAUUAGAAGAUCAGGGCUUAAUAGAGGACGGGGGUUUAAUUCUUUUUCAGAAUAUUCUUAUUGAGUAUUUCAGAACGCGCGCGGGGGCGGGAGGGGGAUAAAUAGAGACCAGGGGCUAAGUAAAAAAAAAUACGAUAGUGAGAUUAAUAAACUCAAAAUCUUAAAAAUUAUGAAUCUUAACUGACCGAUAGAGCAAAAGAUUGCGGAUAUUCGCCAAAGUUUCCAGAUUCGAGUUUUAGCAAACGUAAACCGUUUACAUUACAACAAUAUAUGCACAAAAUUCUGCUAAAUGCAGAAAAUCCAGUAUAUUACCACAGUCAAAACUCACUUUAAUUCUUUCAAAAUCCGUUUAUGUUUUUUAAUAUACCGUUCAUGCUUUUAAUAAAACAGAAAAUUACCGUUUGGCGGUCACACGCAAACACUUUAGCUGCGAACAGUCAUAUUCUGGGAAGGAAACUUUGUGUAAACGUAUUACAUAGCUCCCAGAAGAAUAAAAUCACCAUUUUUUCAAGCAAAACGGUCUUUUUUAUAGAGAGUUUUUGCACUAAACUCGGACAGAUUUUAAAAAAAAAAAUUUAAAAAUUGGAGGUCGGGGACGCUAAACAAGUAAUUUUUUUAUGUGGCCUAAAUUCAGUUGUCAGGUCAGAAUAACGUGGAUAUUCUCUGGCAAUAAAUUUACAAACGCACGGGCACACAAUAGCUUUUGGCUGAGCUAAUCGUCACGUGUCAUGAUUGUCGCAAACAUAAAAUAAAGAGCUAAGAUUUUUUUCGCUCUAAAUUUAAAAAUAGUUGCAAAUAUGACGUACCACGUGAUCUUAAGACUCGCAAUGUCCGCACACGGUGCGAUCUUGCCUCGCGUGGACCAAAUAGUCAAACACGAUAGAAUUUUUGCUCGCGGUCUCAAGUGUCAAAUUCCGUAGCAAAAACCGUGCGCAAACGAGACUUUUUCGCUAAGCUUUUGCCACGCGUGGAGUAAUAUUAACUGACGCAAAAGCUAUUGUGUGCCGCAGGCUUAAGGUAGUUGCAUGUCUCUCACCUAUCCUGCGAACGGGCAUAAUCUGGGAACGAGAUUGACAGCUGUCUUGCUAUCGUCGCUGCCUACACUGGCACAAACCAAAAAUUCCUGUUGAUUUCAGAAUCUUUCCUUUUGUUGCAAAUGGGCUCUGAAACUAUCACACUACGUAGGAUCAACCCAUUGUUCUGUUCUUGUCUAUAUUUAGCGUAUUCCAACACUGGAUGGGUAUGAUCCUGGCUCAUGUAACUACACAAUUCAUGGUAAGGAAGUUCUGGUCAAGGAUCGAGAUGAUAACGAAAUUAUUCUCAUUUGUGUAAAGGACAAAAACGGUUACAAGUGGAAGUCUACAGAUGGUACGUUACAAUGAGGGGAGGAGGGAUUGGUGUGUGAAGAAGGGUUAGCGUGGGGGGGGACGAGUUAGGGGGAGGAUGGGAAAGGGGGGAGGCGGGGUUAUUGUGGAAGGAGGAGUUCGGGUGGGAAGAAGGGUUUCGGAUAAGGGGAGGGGUUAGGGUCGGAGAAGGGGUUAUUCUUAUAUAGAGGGAAAUUUAUCACGCUGUUUUGGCUUAUGUCUACUUUAGGAAAUGAAACAGCUACUGUUCUACUACGGUUUAACAAUUUUAGAUAACCCGCGAUUAGGCCAACAGGCUUUCGAAUAACUAGUCAGGGGUUGGUUGCACGAAGACCGGAUAGCGCUAUGCACCGCGGAUAGUGAAGCUACAAAACUACGGAAAUAUACUAAAGUUAAAUGUGUGUUAUACAUUUCAAGAGACAAUUUGAGAAAGCUUGAAAAAAUUGCUAUCCGGCUUUCGUUAUCAUGUUGCUUUUCAUGACCAGGUACAAAGAACACGGUUGGUGAAUUUUUCAACCCCGGUGAUGAUUGUGCUGACGUUUUGAACAAACGUCAAGAUUCUGAAGAUGGAUUUUACUGGAUUACUUUGAAAGGCCCAAAUCUCUACAAGGUGAAACAUUUAGUUUAUUCAUCACAAGGUUUCUGGUUCCCAGCCCACCUCUUGCAAAUAUAUCUUUUACUUGCAAUCGAAAUAUUUUGGCGACUUAAUAGAUUAAAAGACAAGAAAAAUAUGUAAGUUGGCUUUUCAACAAAUAUAAAACGUGCAAGUGACUACAAUAAUUAGGGUUACAAUUAGAUUGGGGUUACACUGAUUAGGGAGGUUGAUAGCCUGCGUGCAGCCCCAUGGCACCCAACAUAGUCGCUUAUAUUCUAUGAUAUAUAAUCAUCAUACAGAAGCCCACACCUUAACCACUUACCCCUCAUUUCCAUGAUACAAUUUAACUAAUCUCUACACGUUGAUUUCCGAAAAAACAAGUUAUUUUGCACGCGCUUGACGUUUGACUGCAGUGUUGGUCUAGCCCUUGCUAUCCCAUGACACUCUGUUACGUUUUGGCCACUCGCUAAUAGGUGUAUUGUGACAUGACCACAGACGGUGGGGGGUUCAUUUUGGUGGGACGAAUAAACGGUUCCAAAACAUGGUCAGUUCCAUCCAAUAGCAAUCCGGUUGAACCAUACGGCGAACCUCAUUGGUUGAGCUCACUUGGCGAUGCACCGAUCAUGGAUUUCAGGGUACAAAUGGCGACAAGCGAGGAUUUCAAAGACACAAAGGCACACUGGUGGGUACUUUAUGUAUUUCAAAUCCGAAAAUAAAGACUUGAACAUAUUUUAUGUCGGAACAGUUUGUUCCAAACGGAUCAAAAAUGACAUCCCAUUUUAAAAAUCUGAAUUAAUUUUGAUCCAGUCCUAGGACUUGAUUAUAUAUAUAUAUAUAUAUAUAUAUAUAUAUAUAUAUAUAUAUAUAUAUAUAUAUAUAUAUAUAUAUAUAUAUAUAUAUAUAUAUAUAUAUAUAUAUAUAUAUAUAUAUAUAUAUAUAUAUAUAUGUGACAAAUGCCAGUACUCUGCUCAGCCGACAAGACUUCAUAUGUGACAAACAGAACGGCUACGUUUGAAGAAGUUUAUUAAAAAAAGGUAUAUUAAAUACAAAAACUAAAUUUUCGGCUGCAUGCCACAGCCUUCUUCAGAGUGCCUAUAGCUUUUCACAGAACAUACUUAUAUACAAUAAAUUAUGAAUAAAUUACUAUUGUUGGGCGAAAUCAUGACUACCAUUAAGGCCUUUCCGGUUGGUCAACAACAUUCCUAUCCAAAAGUUUUCACUCUUAAGUACUUCACUAUGGUGUUGGUCAAUAAGCAUAAAUUUUAAGCUCGAAUGAUCCGCCUCAUGCACAUCAAUAAAAUGAUUUGUUAUACUGCAUGUCCGGCGCUUAUGCUUAAUGUGUGAUUUGUAGUUAGCUAGUCUGGACUUAAAAUUGGCCGUAGAGCCAACACCUUGCAAACCACAAAGCACACACUCAGCAAGAUACACUACAUUACUGGAAGUGCACGUCAAAGAUUUUAAACUGAGAAAUAUCCUUCCAGUGGCAGCUGCACGAAAGGAAUUGCCAAAAAUCAAAAAGUUCUUACAACUAUCACAGCGCUUGGCAUCACAUUUGUAGCAGCCUUCACCUUCCAGUUUAUUGGGCUUAUAUGGGUUAGAUGGUGCUAAUAACUCCUUCAAAUUGGCAUUACGCUUAUACGAAACAAGAAUGGCACCCUCCGGUAGAAUUUUUUUAGCCUGUUCAUCACUAUCUAAAACAGAGCGAUGUUUACGAAAAUUUUUUUGAAUAUCAGGAGCACUGGGAUUAAACUUGGUAACAAAAACACAGGAAUUACGGCGGAUCAUUCGAGCUUAAAUUUAUGCUUAUUGACCAACACCAUAGUGAAGUACUUAAGAGUGAAAACUUUUGGAUAGGAAUGUUGUUGACCAACCGGAAAGGCCUUAAUGGUAGUCAUGAUUUCGCCCAACAAUAGUAAUUUAUUCAUAAUUUAUUGUAUAUAAGUAUGUUCUGUGUAAAGCUAUAGGCACUCUGAAGAAGGCUGUGGCAUGCAGCCGAAAAUUUAGUUUUUAAAAUUUAGUUUUUAUAUUUAAUAUACCCUUUUUUUAAUAAACUUCUUCAAACGUAGCCGUUCUGUUUGUCACAUAUAUAUAUAUAUAUAUAUAUAUAUAUAUAUAUAUAUAUAUAUAUAUAUAUAUAUAUAUAUAUAUAUAUAUAUAUAUAUAUAUGUUGUUCAAAAUGAAAAAAAUAAAAAAUUUAAUGUGCUGCUACUUAAGUUUCACGUAUUACCGAUCGUCAGACAGCAAUAGAUUAUGGUGCACACGAGCUUUAUAUACUAAACUACCGUGCUAAUUACAUAAGUUCAGUCUAAAUAAAACCUAUUGGGAUCUAUGCGAGUGUUCAAAUAAACUGAUUUAAAAUUUAAAACUUAGUAAAUUAAUUCAAAACCUACUUAAAGUCUAUACGUAGUUGUUAAAACCUCUCGAGCAAAUAAUUUAUGUUAUCUCGUUCUUAUAAUUUUGUAUGUAAAAUUUGUUUUCAUGUCUACACUUGGAGACAAGUUCGUCUCGUGUGUUCAAGAGGCGUGCGUUUCGUCCUUUCAAGAUGGCUAGCUUUUCACAGAGGCAUAAUGUCUAGCUUUUCACAGAGGCAGGUUUUAUUUAGACUGGACUUAUGUAAUUAGCACGGUAGCUUAGUAUAUAAAGCUCGUGUGCACCAUAAUCUAUUGCUGUCUGACGAUCGGUAAUACGUGAAACUGAAGUAGCAGCACAUUAAAUUUUUUUAAAUAUUUUAUUUUUAAUUUUUUUCAUUUUGAACAACAUAUUAAGCUCUGCGAAUUUCCCGCAUCGAGCACUGUACUCGUUUUGGCUCCAACAACCAAGCAAGUUAUAACACAAGUAUUCCGUAUCGUCAUGAGACCAAAAUAAAGCAAUAUGGUUGACUUUUCAAACAUAUCGACGUUACCCUACUAGCAGGCUUGCUUUAUGGUGCGUUCUGACCGUAUCAAAAAUAUAGUACCAAGCUUAACCUCCUCGCGCUCUACACCGUAUCUACCACCCCCAAAAGAGCAUGAGCAUGCUCUCAAUAAGGAAAAAAGCUUGCGCGAGUGAGUUUUUCUAUUAACGAUUCCAGCGCAAUUGAGGUGAUGAAAACCUCUCGAGUUAGUUUUGCCUUGGUGAUGAUAAAUUUUGACCGUCAAUCUGUAGGUCAUUUAGACUUCAGUCACAACGUCCGUUGAAGAAUCUCAUGACAACAGCCGACGGAUGUGAUCAAAGAUCUGCAGGAAUUGGAAACAUAGCUUAUGUCAAAGACUUGCAAACAGAGAAAAUUGUCUCUACAAAGUUACGAUGUUCAAAAUUUGGUUUCGCUCAUCAUAUUGUACUUAAAUUUGGAUGGGUAAGUAUACCAAACAUUUGAUGAUGACGCAAUGCCUGCUCUCGGCCUUCCAUUAUCCCAUUCCAAAAAACGUCAAAAGAAUUAGUGUCACGAUUUGGGUUAGGAUUAGAGUAAGAUUUGGAGUAAGCUUGGAGAUAAGAUACGGAUUGGGAAUAGAGUUUUAUAUAAUAACUACAGUGAAACACGCAAUUUCAUUGGUCGAUAGCCGUGCAUGAGGAUCAGGCUAUCCUGCACGAGGAAUUAACAUGCCUUCGCGGGAUUUUCGCGGGAUUCUCAAAAUGUCAUUGUUUCACUGUAGUUAUUUUAUAAAACAAUUACCAAAUGGUUUUCCAAGCAGGACAGCGUGAUCCAUGCACUUGGAAUGUUGCUCGACUUUCGGAAAGCGUAAAAAUACACUCGCCUGCGGCUCGAUCAGGGUCUAAAUCAAUGUAUAAAAUUUACACUCAAAAUUUCCAUUUACCCUUCAACACAAUAUAUUCUAGAUCUGAUAUUUAUCUACAGAGAUAGCUUACGACUAAUUAUUGUUUUGUUACACUUAGGGUAAACAAGAAAUUAACCGGUUGGAAAAUCUGAUAAACAAAAUAAAUACAUCUCUCUCCAAGAGUAAGUGCUUGUCUUGA